AUCACAAAAUUUACAACUAGGGGUAACUAUAAACUGUGUUCUCUGUGUGGCCAAGUCUUCAACUCAUCAUCCAGUCUGGAGAGACAGGAGAACAACAGCUCCACGGAGAAACCGUGGAAAUGUGGGGACUGUGGAAAGGGAUUCAGCUCCCCAUCAAAACUGGAAACUCAUCGACGCAGUCACACUGGGGAGAGACCAUUCACCUGCUCCGAGUGUGGGAAGGGUUUCACUCAUUCAUCCAACCUUCUGAGACACCGGCGGGUUCACACGGAGCAGAUUUCACUCAUCUGCUCGCUGUGUGGCAAGGUAUUCAGUCAUUCCUCAAGCCUUCUGAGACACCAGCAAAUUCACACUGGAGAGAGGCCGUUCACCUGCUCUGAGUGCGGAAAGGGAUUCACACAGUCAUCCUACCUGUUGACGCACCAGCGCAUUCAUACAAGGGAGAGUCUAUUUAUCUGUUCCUUCUGUGGUGACGGAUUUAAUCGACUAUCCAGAUUUCUGAAACACCAGCGGAUUCACACUGGGGCGAGUCCAUUCACCUGCUCUGUCUGUGGGAAGGGAUUUAUUCGGCCAUCAAAACUACUGACUCACCAGUAUAUUCACACUGGAGAGAGGCCAUUCACCUGCUCCAUGUGUGGGAAGGGAUUUACUAAUUCAUCUGACCUGCUGACCCACCAGCGUGUUCACACUGGGGAGAGGCCGUUCACCUGCUCUGUGUGUGGAAAGGGAUUUACUCGAUCAUCCCACCUUCUGACACAUCAACUUGUUCAUACUGAUCAGAGACCUUUUCAGUGCUCUGACUGUGAGAAGACCUUUAAAAGUAGAAGGAAUCUGCUGACACACCAACGAGUUCACACCGGGGAGAGACCGUUCACUUGCCCUAUCUGCGGGAAGAGAUUCACUCAGUCAUCCUCCUGUUUGACACACCAGCGAAUUCACAAAAUAUCAAAUAUGAAGGCUUUGCAAAUAGGAAAUGCACCCCAAGCAUCACAGAAAGAUUUGAGUGAAUCAUUUGAUUCAUCAGGACCUGAAUAUCGUUGGCCUUUGACUGUGGAAGGACACAGGUUCCUAUUCCCUGACAAGCUAGUGUCCAACACCAAGAGCACCAGCAAAUCUCCCUCAAGGCCAUACCUGGCAACAAAUAUAGAAAGGGACAAGGGGUUCGUGCUGGGAAAUGACUUUGAGUGCUCCUAUGAUGCUGCUUGGCCUGCUGUGUUCAUCCAGCCUUGCACCUUGUUGUCUCGGAUUCUCCAGCAUCUGCAGUUCCUACUAUCUCUGUCUGAACCCGGAGGUGGAGACACUACCGCUGUACAACAAACGAUACUGAUGAUAUUAUAUAGAAAGAAUAUAAAAAUGGGAAACUCAAACCAAGCAUCACACCAAGAUCUGACAGAGUCACUUGAAUCAUCAGAACAUGAAAGUCAGCGACCUUUGACUGUCGAAGGGAAAAGGGUUUUGGAAACAGAGGAUUUGCAAGCAGGAUGCUCGAACCAAACAUCAAAUCAAAACCUGACAAUGACACCUGAUUCAGCAGGACCAGAAUAUCAUCAGGCUUUGAACAUGGAAGAAUUAAGAACUGUUCACAGUGGGGAGAAGCCAUACACAUGUCCUGUGUGUGGACGAAGCUUCAGCCGAUCAUCUAACCUGUGGAAACAUAAAUGCAGUCACACCAGAGAGAAACCAUGGAAAUGUUGGGACUGCGGGAAGGGAUUUAUUUCGCCAUCCCAUCUGGAAAUUCAUUGGCGCAGUCACACUGGAGAGAGACCAUUCAUUUGUGCGGAGUGUGGGAAGGGAUUUACUUGUUCAUCCAACCUGCUGACACACCAGCGCGUUCACUCUGGGGAGAGGCCAUUCACCUGCUCUGAGUGCGAGAAGGGAUUCACGUGUUUGUCCAGCCUCCUGACACAUCAACGAGUGCAUUCUGGGGAGAGACCGUUCAUCUGCACAGAUUGUGGAAAGGGAUUCACUUGUUUGUCCAACCUGCUAACACACCAGCGAGUUCACUCUGGGGAGAGGCCAUUCACCUGCUCUGAUUGUGGUAAGGGAUUCAUUCGGUUGUCUCACUUGUUAAGACAUCAACGAGUUCACACUGAUGCAAGACCUUUCAAGUGUCCAGACUGCAGCCAUCUUCGCUCCGAGGCCACUGGCCACUGGCCCCGCUCCGCUCCACGCCGGCUGGCCACUGUCUCUGCUUCGCUCCAGGCCGCUGGCCAUCUGUGCUUCGCUCCAGGCCCAGUGGCCACCAUCCCUGACCCCUGUCCCCGGACGCCAUCCAUAUUUAUGAAGUGCCAUUCACAUCCUGAACAUUAUCAGAUUAUGAACAUGGAAGGUAAAAGUACUGUUCACAGUGGAGAGAAACCGUACACGUGUACUGUAUGUGGACGAGGCUUCAGCCAAUCAUCUGGCCUCUCGAAACAUAAGCGCAGCCACACUGGGGAGAAACGCUGGAAAUGUGGAGACUGUGAGAAGGGAUUCAAUUAUCCAUUUGAGCUGGAAAUUCAUCGGCGCAGUCACACCGGAGAGAGACCAUUCACCUGCCCUGAAUGUGGGAAGGGAUUCACUCAGUCAUCGAUCCUGCUGAAACACCAGCGUGUUCAUACUGGGGAGAGACCUUUCAAAUGCCAAGACUGUGGGAAAUGCUAUAAAAGUUCCUGGGAACUGACAUCCCAUCAACUUGUUCACACUGACGAGAGACCAUUUACAUGCUCUUGUUGUGGGACUGGGUUCAGACGAUCAUCUGAACUCACUGCACACCAGCGAAUUCACACUGGAGAGAGACCAUUCACCUGCUUUGAGUGUGGGAAGAGAUUCACUCAAUCGUCCACCCUGCUGACACACCAGCGCACUCACAAUGGGGAGAAACCAUUCACCUGCACUCAGUGUGGGAAGGGAUUCACUAAUUCCUCCAACCUCCUGACACACCGCCGAGUACAUAGUGGGGAGAGAGCAUUCACCUGCUCUAAGUGUGGGAAGAGUUUCAUUGAUUCAUCCACACUGCUUAGACACCAGCGAGUUCACAAGCCACUACAUUGGAUACGAAUCGGGUUUCCAAAUAGGGCAGAGUUUCAGCCAAUGGAGCGAGAUCCAGGCAUAGGCCCGCCCCCAGUUCAUCCCGAUUGGUUAGAGGACGAGUUGCUCUCUUCAGAUUGGGCGAGAGACGCUGUAAAUCAGCCAGGGGCUGCGGUGAACUCGAAUCUUGAACCACUUACACAGCUUGAAAUAAAUAUCUCAGCAUUCACAGGAGGAAGAGACACCCCACGAGUUGUGUGCAUGGUCAAAUCUUCUUCCAAGCAGAAGAAACACCUAAACACUGGCACCAUGGAGAAACCAUGGAAAUGUGAGGACUGUGGGAAAGGAUUUACUUAUUCCUGCCGGCUGGAAAGCCAUCGACGCAGUCACACUGGGGAGAAGCCAUUUGUUUGUUCUGUAUGUGGGAAGGGAUUCACUCAGACAACUUCUCUGAUGUCACACCAGAGGGUUCACACUGAGGAGAGGCCUUUCAACUGCAUUUACUGUGGAAAGAAAUUCAACAACUCAUCCACCCUCACCGCACACCAGCGAAUUCACACUGGUGAGAAGCCAUUCACCUGCCCCGUGUGCAGGAAAGGAUUCACUCAGUCAUUCGAUCUGGUCAGGCACCAGCGGGUUCACACAGGGGAGAAGCCAUUCACCUGCCCCGUGUGUGGGAAGGGAUUUGCUCGGUUAUUCGGCCUGCAGUCACACCACCGAGUUCACACUGAGGAGAAUCCAUUCAGCUGCACUUCCUGUGGAAAAAGUUUCAGACAUUCUUCUACCCUUGCCGCACAUCAACGCACUCAUACUGGGGAAAGGCCAUUCACCUGCCCCACAUGUGGGAAGAAAUUUGCUCAGUCAUUCGAUCUGGUGAGGCACCAGCAAAUUCACACGGGGGAGAGACCAUUCACCUGCCCUAUGUGUGGAAGGGGAUUCACUCGCUUAUUCAGCCUCCAGUCACACCAGCGAAUACACACCGAGGAGAAUCCAUUCAGCUGCAACUCCUGUGGAAAGAAAUUUAAGCAUUCAUCCAGCCUCGCUGCACACCAGAGAAUUCACACCGGGGAGAGGCCGUUCAGCUGCACUGAGUGUGGGAAAAGCUUCAGCAGUUCAUCCAAGCUCACUAUACACCAGAGGAUUCACACCGGGGAGAGGCCGUUCACCUGCACCAUGUGUGCAAAGAAAUUUGCUCAGUCAUUUGACCUGGUCAGGCACCAGCGGGUUCACACUGGAGAGAAACCAUUCACCUGCCCCGUGUGUGGAAAGGGAUUUGCUCGGUUAUUCGGCCUCCAAUCACACCACCGAGUUCAUACUAAGGUGAAACCGUUCAGCUGCACUUCGUCCUGAGUGAGUUUCAGCAGUUGUACCAAAUCUGCUGAUACACCAACACCACCAAACUGGAGAGAUGCCAUUUACCUGCUCUUUGUGUGGGAAGUGAUUCACUCAUUUGCAACAAGUGGUGGUAGCAUUUGGAUGCUGUUGUUAAUCACAACCGGGAGUGAUGGCACAGAAAGUCUUAGUUCAUUUCUGUUGAUGUUAAUAGCCAUAUAAUUGGCUGGAAUUUAAUAUUCUGGAUAUGUUGCUGAAUUUUUGGACCUACAGCAUUCUUUAUUGAUACCUCUAUCUGUGAUCUUUCACCUAAUUCAAGAACUCUCAACAGGAAUUCGUUUACAAUAAAAUUGUGAAAAUUUACUUCCAUCCUAAAUGGAUCUUUGGUGAAAAAUCUACCAUUCAGUGUCUAAAAGUUUCCACUGAUGAACGUCACCUAUUAGAAAGUGUUGAUUGAUUUGGGUUGACAAUUCUUACUGACAUAGACAGUUCGUCACAAUGAGUACACAGUAUCCAUUAUGAAACUAAACUGUCAAAGGACAUGAAGCACAAUAGUGAAAUAUUUUACAAUAACACCAAUACAAACUUCAUAAAAGAUUAUUGAUAGUGAUUAUGUUUUGAAGUUGCUGAGUUCAAUUAUUUGUACGAACAGCAACAUUUGGUAAAGGCAGAACCCAAAGCAAAGAUUAGUUUGAGACCAAACUAGAAAAGUUGUGCUCUUCCUUCUUAUAGAAAUUCUGGUUGUCUCGUUCAUCACGUACAUCUUAGUUGCUUUCCAUUUCAUUGCUGGUGUUCGACAUGGCGUUUGCCAAAACUCAUUUUCACAGCCGUGCUUCCUUUCUCAGCGAC